ACGCAUCUCGAAAAAGUCGAAAAAGAGCGCAGGAAUUUGAUUUGAUUUUCACUCUAUUUUCCUCUAUUGUGUGUGGGGCGGUCCAUCUCUGCUCUCCGCGGCGGUCCAUCUAAGGAGCAUAUUCCGAAGAAGCGAUGCUUUCCGCGACUCGGCUUUCCCGCAACUAGUUGCGUUUUGGAUGUCAACACGAUGUACACGCGCACAGCGGCGCUUCUGGUCGACCAACUGCCACGGGCAGCGUGAAGUGAACUGUGGACUGUGACGAAUUCGAAGGUGAUCCAGCCGGGAUUGCCCGCCUAUCAUCUUGAGCCAAGACUGAGGGACCGAGGACGGGUCCGUCCGAAAGAGAUUCACACGUAUCCGGGGCACCUUGACCGUACAAAACGUGGGAAAACUAGCCAGGAUCAGAAUGCAGGAACUGACGCGGGUCUGCGACCUGAACGGCACUGCUGGCAGGGCUGAGCUGGUGCCCGUGGCUCCUGGCACCAGCAAUCUGGAGCAGCUGCUGCCCAACAUCAAGCUGGAGCACGAUCCCGACCUGGAGUGCUGGCUGCCCACGCCGGAGCACCCGCAACUCCGGUUGGACCUCAACACCACCCGCCUGCUGCUGCAGGGCUCCGACGACCCGCUGAUCUCGCAUGGCGCCACCAACGAUGGUCACGACGAGGACCAUCCCUUCAAGACGCUCCUGGCCCGCAAAAGCACUGCCCUCGAGACUCCGCACAACGGCACCUGCAGUCCGCUGACCAAGCAGCAGCUGAAGGCCAAUCUCCUGAUGGGCAGCCGCAAGGGGAACAGGCAGCCUCCGCAGGUGGAACUCGCUGCUCCCACGCCACAAAAGACAGUUAAACCAGUGCCGGGCCAAAGCCGAUCGCAAAAGCGCGGCGAGGCGGGCGCCAUGAAGCUGCGAUUCCACCACCAAGCUCUGCCCGCCGAGUACGCCGCCCACUACGAGGCCACCCAAGGUAGGAAGCCGGCCAGGUCAGUGCUCCCGCCGCCAACUGCUCCUCCUCCUCCGAGUCAGGCGCACGAGAACGUGCGCAGCUGGCUGCGGAAGAUAGCCGAAAUACAACGCAGUGCUGAGCGCCAGCAGCAGUCAGCAGCUCCUCGGCCUCCGCCUGGACCUCCCACCUCGCGAUCCUCACCCAUGGCAGCCACAUCCGCAGUGCCGGCUAAGAGUCCCGAGGUAGCCAACGCCUCCAAGCGCAGCUCCCUGAAGUACGCCGACCUGCCCUACAUGGGUGAGAUCACGCUGGACAACUACAAGCCACGUCGCGGUCGGAAGCCCAAGAAGGCGGACAUCUGCCACCUGAUCUACAAGAACUACGGCACCAUUGUACCCGCAUCCGUGGCGGCCAUGCCGGUGAGUGCUGCUCCGCCGGCGAUAACCUCCACGGUAUCAGUGCCGCCCGAGGAGCCACUGAAUCUCUGCCUGCGGGACCAGAGCGGCGAUCGCUUCUCCAUCUCCAGCGGCGACAGUGAGAAGCCCACGACGAGGACCACGCCCACGACGACCACGGCGACGACGGACAGCUCCUCACACCGAACUACGCCUCUGGGUUCGGGAAAACCCCUCACUCUAGAGUUGGCCGGCAGCGAGGAUCAGUCCUUGUCAGCCGCCAAGUUGCUGCUACAGCCAGUGGGGCUCUACUACCAGCAGCUGGUGGAGUCCUGCAGCCUGGGUGGAAUGCCCAUGCCUCUGGAGACCAUUGAGAAGGACAACCAGCUGUCCCUCAAGAUACCCAUACCAAGUGGGUUCUUUGCCAAUGAGACUGCGCCGCUGGCCAUGCGGAAGCGCAAGCGGUCGGCCAUCUUCAUCCCGCCCAUGCCCGCCGAGCACUCGUCAAGUCCCUCCAACGAGGUCAGCAUCUGCAAGUUCAAGUUCACCGGCGGCGCCAAGCCCACGCUGCAGGAGAAGAAGAUGCUCUCGGUGGACGCGGAGGGCAACUACCGGUACUACAAUGGCACUGGGGACAAGACCAUGCGGGGCUACGAGUUCAUAUCGCGGGAUCAGCAGCAACAGCUCCAGCAGAACCAACAGCAGGGACAGCAGGAGAAGCUGUUCGUGGAUAUCCCACCACCUUCCACCGACCUCAGUCCAGAGUUGCUGCACAUUUCGCCGGAGUCGCCCACGUCAACGCUGCUCCUGCCCAGCAGCAACCACUUGGUAACCGCCGUUGCGCCACAAAGUCCUGCAUCCCAGUGCUCCAGCUCCCAGAGUCCAAUGCCCGGCCAGACGCAGGCGAAAUCCUCCUCGGAGUGUGACCGCAAGAAGCGAUCCUCGAGAAGAUCCAAGCAGCGCGAGAAGCUGGAGAAGACCUUCAAGGAGAAGGGCUUCCUCAUCCAGACCCAGCAGCUGCAGUCCGCCGAAGGAGCCACUUACUGCAAGUUCAGGCAGCUGAAGAAGUUCACGCGCUACCUCUUUCGCAACUGGAAGGACCACAUACCCGAGAGCGACCUGGCCAAGCACCAGAGCGGAGGUCGGGAGGAUAACUUACCGGGUCAGGAAACGCAGACCACGUAAGCCAUCCCGCCAGGAGAUCCGGGAACAAGCCACUCACAAAGCACUGCCAAAGAUUUAAGUUUAAGACCAGUUAAUGGCCGGUCCAUCGCCGGUGGAGCAGGGCAACCCAUGCCGCUUCCGAUUC